GCCAAACCGGAAGUGCUGUCAUGGCGCAAGGGAGACCGAAAGCGGCGGAGAAGAAACCGCGGAGAGCGGCGGCGGCGGAAAGGGGGGGGGCGAAGGGGCCGAGGAAAGGAGGCCGGGUCAUCGCCCCCAAGAAGCUGCGUGUGAUCCAACAGCAGAAGCUGAAGAAGACGUUGGAGGUCGGCAUUCGGCUCCGCAUUGAACGGGAGGUCGCCCUGAAGGCCUCCGCUGCCCUCCCCAAAAAGCUGACGAUGGUGGGGGCCGCCCCUCCGCCCCCCCCCCAAAAAGAAGGGCAAAAAGGCCCCAAAAUGAGACCACCCCCUCCUCCCCCUCUUCCCCCCCCCCCCUCCAUGAGCUGCACUGAGCAGAACCGCAGAACCGCUCUCAGUCUUUGGAUAAUACAAAUGAAUUGGGGGGGGGGGCGGUGAUUACCCCCCCUCAGCCUUCAAUCUUUGGAUAAUAAAAGUAAAGGUGGGGGGGGGGGCAGAUUAUUACCACCCCCCCCUCAACAGGA